AUGCUAGCAACAAAGGAGUUGGUUCUAUGGAUUAUGGUGGGAAGCGUUAUAUGCACGAUCGCUGCUGAGGAAGAUGUAGCUACUACUACUACCCCGUUGGAAGGUCAAAACCUCACUACAACUUCCCCCACCACGCCGACUACAACUUUCGCCAGCACCACUCUCCCUGCCUCCCCCUCAACGGAAGCCACCACAAAUGCUAGUGCAUCGACAGCUCCUGUCUUGGCACGAGCCAACCUCAUCUCUAGUACCUCAACCAUCAGAAGCAUCAUCAGCACAACCACCACCGGAACGACGACAAAACCUUCGGCAAAGCGUCAGAUCAGCUUGAAUGAGUUCCAACAGCUGGUGGCAAAGGUUAACGAUGAGAUAAGCAUGCUGCGCAAUCAGUCGGCCAACCUUUCCCAAACGUACGACGAGCUGAUACGACGAUACAAUGAGCGAACGUCACAGAUCCCGAUCGUACUGUACGAUGUGACAGAAUGCUCUAACAGCACUACCCUGCAGGAAGAUGGUACUACUCAAGCUACCUCGACAGAGAGCACUAGCGUGUCGUCUACGAUUUUAUCGGAUGUCACUAAUACUACUGUCACAUCCGAAAGAGCUACUACUUCUACGGACACCACUACUACCACAUCAACUACUUAUGCACCUACCAGUACAAAGGCAGUUCCAGAGUAUUCAACCCAAACGCUUACCCAUUCGGAAGCUCCUUCCGACCGGGCUUCAAACCUCGAAACAGUACCUCAGAAUACCGGAUCUUCCCAUACACAAAUCUACGGCAAUAAGUACUACAACUAUGUACACUACUUCAUGUAUCCACCCAGCGAGGCACAGCUUGAAGAAAUCAAUAGUCCACCGCACAUUAACAAUCGGCGAAAGGGUGGCCAUGAUUCGCGGAACGUUGCACCGGUAAAGCAACGCAAGCAGGUUCCGUAUCAGAAAAGAAACAAAUGGCAAGCCGGCUCGUGGGACGAAUCGGAAGAGCCCGAGCUGGAUGUGGAACAAUCAUCUGCUACUUUCCGUAGACGACCACAGGUGCCAACGGGUGAGAACCGGAACAAUCUUAGGCUGAGUACAAUAGACUCAAAACAAGCCUUUGCAAGCUUGCCUCCUGCGAUCGGUGGACCGUACCGUUUAGGUGGCCCCUUCCAAAGAAAGCCGAUCAUAUCACCCUACUUCGUUCCACCGCCGAAGAUACCGCAGUAUCCCUUCGUUGAAGAACGAACUCCAGCGCGAGUUUUACCUCAGGAAGAAAUUUUUCCAUCCGCUCCGGAAAAUCAAAACCAAGCAGCACCGGAACCAGCAUCGCUCGCUAAUAUUGACGCCUUUUUGGCACGUCGCAGCAUCAAUCGCAAUGGUCCGCCAACUCAGCGAACAACUGCCAGACAAUUUACUUCCUCAACAACGGCAGCUAGAGAACCCGUAACACCGCCAUCGCUCGACAGUGUACUUUCGUUCAGUAUAAAACCGGUGAACUAUUCGAUUCCGACCACCGCGAAACCACCGGUCGGAUUCGUACGCAACGGUUGGGAUGGGUACGAUUUUUCCUUCGUACGCAAGGCGCAGGAAGCUAAGAAGCGACUCCAGAAUCGCGAAUCGCGAAUGGGGAUGCGUGACUUAUGA